UAAUAUUUAGAAAGACUUUGGCCUCUUUUGCGAGAGAGUUCAAAAUCAUCUCGCCUAUAUGGCUUUUAAUACUGAACAAAUACCUCAAAAAUAUGGGAAAGAAGAGAAGAAACAAGAAAACUAAGCAUGAGAAGCAGAGUCAUGAACCAGAUGAUAAUAUCCCAAUAAACACUUCAAGUUCAAGGUAUUCGGAUACCAAUUGUUUAAAAGAUGACGUUUUUCACCAAAUUAUUCCAUCGUUUAUAUGGAAUUAUGAUCAAGAGAAACUGUAUAAUCAUGUGAAUAUCCCAGAAAGUAAUAGUAUGAACCCUAAUGAUUUCGUCAGUAAUUUGCCUGACAAUAUCCUUCACCACAUCGUUUCGUAUCUCCCUUUUGAAUCUGCGGUCCGAACUUCCUUUCUUUCAACUCACUGGAAACACCUUUGGAAAGAGGCCUUGUUGGAUUCAGUCCAUGAUGUAACCAUGGAAGCUGCCAUUAAAGCCAUACAAAGCUUUCUUGAUGGUUUUGAUACACACUGUAGACCAAGGAAUAAGUGGGGUUUCAUAUUUGAGUUCAGUAAUGGAAGAAACAUCUUAGCUGCUAGCAUUUCUAGAAAUGGUACACUUCGACUUGAUUUCUCAGCUGUUAAACAAGAAUUCCCAAUGCCCUUUGAUUUGGAUUUGAAGCCAUUGCAAACCCAACUACCAUAUUCAAACACAAUGAAAGUAAAAUCAUUGUAUCUCGUAUCAGUAAGCCACCUGUCUAAUGUGGCAGUUUCAUCUUUAGUGCCAAAUUUGCCAUUUCUCGAAAGCUUGACUAUAGCCAAAUGCAAAGGGUUACAAUCUUUACAGAUUAAAGAGGCCAAAGUGCUUCAUAAAUUAGUGGUUCUCGAUUGCCCCCAGUUACAAUCUCUCAGUUUUGAAGGUUCCUGUUUAAGAUGUUUCAGAUAUAGAGGCAAAUUAGUGUCCUUUCGGUUUCAAGGGUAUUGUAAAUGUACUACUUUUCGCCGGAUUUGUAUCUGUGAGUGUGGUUUAUUCUUGAAAGAUGCGACGAUUGAUCUCAGACAAGGUUCUCUAGCAGAAGGGACAUGGGACUUUGAAAAGCCUCCUGGUUAUUGUUAUUCUUAUAAUCUGCAUAAACGAACCCUUUGUCGCUGCACCACGAAGAAAAAAUGUUUCAAAUCAAUUUUGAUAAGCAUAAGGAGUAUUAAAUCUCUAACAAUAUGCAGAUGGUUUUUCGAGACAUCGAUGUGUUGCUUGCUCAGUUCAAGUAGAGACCCUUUGUUUUGUUUGAGCGGACUAAAGGAACUUUGGUGGAUUGAUUGUUCAAUGAACAGAGAAUCAAUCAAUGUCUUACUUUGGUUUCUGAAGCUUUGUCCUCACUUGGAAAGACUUUAUGUCACUAUUGAUCCAAAAUGCUAUAACAUGCCUAGCACAGGAAAAUUCUCAACUUUAUUCAUUGUUCCUGAUGAGCUCAGUGAUCUCAAAGCAAUCAAAUUAGAAGGAUUUGCAGAUGAAGAAAAGGAGAUUUUCAUGGCAAGGCGAUUGAUACCAUUAUUUGGAGACAAUAAUCCAGUCAUUAUAUCUAAAUCAGAUGGGAAAUGUUUGAAGCAUCUAAUGAAAGUAGCCAAGUUGGAGAAGAAAGGGAAAUAUCCGUACAAGUUUAAAGUGGUUGAAAAUGUUUCGGAAAAUUUUCCGAAUCAUGUUCAUGCCAACCUUUAACUUAAUCUGAAUUAUUAAGGUAUUAUUAUUAUUAUUAUUAUUAUUAUUAUUAUUAUUAUUAUUAAUGCUCAAUUCCUAUCAAGAAAUUGAUCCAGAAUUUUGUUGAAAUCAUAUGAAAUUGAGCUUGGAUUGGCUUAAAUCCAAAUCCAUACUUUUUAUUGGACAUCCAAACAAAAAAUUGGAUCCAAAUAUUUUUUAUUUCCAAUUACGGCAUUAGGAUGUUGUAGCUUAAGAAAUCGAUUCAAGUAUUUCUUUGUUUUUAACAAUUUUAGAAUAUUUUGGCUUGAAAUUCUGAUUUUAAUUGAAAUAGCAAUAUUCUAGAAAUUUAACUA